AUGAGUGACAAAAGGAAGGUAGGUAGCACUAUCAUUGGCAGACGUUGGCUAAAGCCAAAACACUGGUCUCCAUGGUAAGCCAACGCUGCCUCACUAUCUCACUGUCUGCUACUUACCUUCCCUGACCUCUCAGGCCACUCCUCAUCAUGGGGUGUACUCCCGGGAGGAGGAGCUGCUGAGAGAGAGUAAGCGUCUGGGGGUCUUUGGGAUCACAUCAUAUGACUAUCAUGCCGAGAGCUGCCUUUUCCUCUUCCAGGCCAGCAUCAGCCUGUUCUACUGCCGGGACAGCGGACAUAAUGGCUUCAUUGUGUGUAUAAUUUACAGAAUACAGCCCAGACCUUCCUGUUAAGGUUAGGAUCAUACUGCUUUUAGACCAAUACAGUUAUGUUGGCAUCUUGGUUAUUUUAGGUGUUCAUGCAAAAAAAAAUCCUUAAAAUAUAUGUACAGUAUUCGGAACUUGUACAUUGUGAAAAUUAAGAAGUGUACAGAGCACUUUGUACAUUGUUUAAGGAAAGAACUGUACAAAGUGCCCUGAACAUUUCUAAAGUGAAGAAGUGUACUAAGUGCUCACCCACAAGUGUUUGUGAUAGAAAAUACUCUGCUAACAAACCUAACUGUAGCAUGGUCUUCAUCCCUGAAAGUCUGUGUGGUGGUUAGCAGGUGUCCCCCAUGAAGCCUGUAGAGAUUAAGACCCAAUGCUCAGGCACAUCAACAACAAUGACCUGUGGGUGGUCAGCAUUGAGACAGGGGAGGAGAGGAGACUCACCUACUGCCAGAAAGGUUGGCACGCUACUAAAACAAAAAACUAUUUUGAGACUGAUGCUAAUUCACUUUCAGAGUUUGGUUAUUUCUCAAUUUGAUUGAUUUCUGUUUAAUGAAAGGUCUUCAAUUUAUCUGAAAGGGUGCUCUUUUGUGUUAAUACCGAGGAUACACACAGGCCUGCAUUUUGUUUGCAUUACAUUUUCAUCAUAUAAUGCUGAAUAUACUAGCAAGAGUGUUCUUUAAAAAGUAUAAUAUGAAGGAGGACCCUAAGUCUGCAGGCGUUGCCACCUUUGUGAUCCAGGAGGAGUUUUACCGCUUCACGGGCUACUGGUGGCCGCCAGCUGCUCCUGAAGGUGACUAUCUUUAUGUACUGUUUUUGUGAUGUUUCUUAUGCUACGUUGUUUCCCUCUACCAGAGAUACAUCUUUUGAUUGAACAGGAUCUUUGAUUUUGAUACAUAAAAAUAAAAAAACAGUUCACAAUUUUACUGGAUUAUUGAAGGCCAAGUCCACUGGGUUAUUCUACAAUCCACUGUAACACAAAGCACAUUGGCUUUCGGCACAUAUUUGCUGUUGAAUAAAACGGCCAACUCAAUAGGUUUGUCUCGUUCUCUUUCAGACCCAGAUGGGGGGAAGACCCUCCAGUUACUGUAUGAGCAGGUGGAUGAGUCAGAGGUGGAGUUAAUUCACGUUCCCUCCCCAGCCCUGGAGGAGCGCAAGGCUGACGUUUACAGAUACCCCCGCAUAGGUCCGCUCUCACCCCCACCCCAAAUUGCCUUUUUUUUGGUACUGAUUCAUAACUUUUUCUUGAACUGUAUUAGCUACUAUCUACAUUUUCAUGUGGAAGAUAUUGUGGCUAGGCAGAGUAGGAUUUUAUACGUCAAUAUACAUUUGAGUAACUUGAGCUAUUGGACAGUAGUCCCACAUAAGACGUGAUAUCUAAUAUGGGUACCUUGUGUCGCCCUGCUCAAACUGGCCGAAAUCAGAACCGACCAUCUUGGCAGAGUAAGCGCAUCUUCAUAAAUUGUCAUGGUUUUGAACUGUGUUGGUAUGUCUGUCUAUUCAUAUUCUGUAUGUCUACCUGUAUAUUCUGUAUGUCGCUUUCUGUUCCUAUAUUUUUGGUCUUCUAUGUAUUUUGUAUGUCACUCAAUGCCUAUCUGCCUGUGUAUUUUCAUGAGUCCUUGUUAUUCAUCAGAUUAUGAGCACCCAGGACAAGGAGCUGGUCCUGCCAUUCACCACCCUGUUCCCCGGGGUCGAGUACAUUGCCCGCCCCUGCUGGACAAAAGUCGGAAAAUUCGUUAAUUCUAAAGACUGGAACAGACACAACUAACCAAACCUAUCUAUGCCAUGGAACGAAUUAUAUCUGUGAUGUAAAGGUGUAAUUAUUCCUAUUUUAUAAACCAUUGAGUAAAGUCCUUGUAAAGGUGAAAAAGGCACCAAGCCUUGUGGUUUCAGCAAAUGGAUGUAUUAUAUUUUAUUGUAGCUUUAUUUAACCAGCUGAGUUAAGAAUAAAUGCAUAUUUACAAUGAUAGCCUGAUCAUAUUACUUAGGCCAACACCAUCUGUCACGACUCCCUCCGAAGCUGCCACCUGUCCUUGUUCGGGCAGGCUUCGGCGUUCGUCGUCACCGGCCUUCUAGCCACUGCCGCUCCUCAUUUCAUCAUUCCAUUGGUUUUAUCUUGUUCAUUACACACACCUGGUUCAUAUCCCCUCAUCAGUACCUGUAUAAGCGUUCCCUCUGCUCCCUCGUCUUUGUGUGUGAUUGUUUAUUGUGAGGAUAGUGAAGCUCGGUGGAGCUCCUUGUAUUUUGUAUCGCCGGGUUAUUUUCCCCGUGUGCCUUGUUAAUUCCAGUGCGCCUGUUUUGCGUACUGGACUGUUUUGACGCAUUACUGCGUAACUCUGUUUUCCAGAAUAAUUCCUGUUAUUCUGUGAUUUACCCUCCUGCGCCUGACUCCUUCAACUCACCCAUCACACCAUCUAAAGUUCCAUUCCAUCCCACACUAACCAGCAAUCUGGACUAGUCCUCCCACGAUUGUGCUACCAGCAGGGCUGAAAUGGAAUGUUACCCGCUCCUGGUGGGCAACAGUUGUCUUGAGGUCUGUGCUAAGGCCAUUUCUACAAGCUAAUAGGCCCAGAGAGCGACCCUCUGCACAGAGCGCCUGAGUUCUGGGCUAGCAUGAUGAAGGCCACAGGUGAGUGAGUAGGGGACUCUCCGGUGUUCACUUUUCUACUGGCUUUUCACCCUCACUACAAAAACAUGAAUGUAUCAAUGCACCAUAUGUUAACAUGAAUAAGGACACACUUACCUCACAAAUUGAGACUAUGGAAUGGUACUGCAAAUUCAAUGUUGCUUCUUCAUAGUUUUUGAAUGAGUCACUCCCCCAAGGGCAGCAACAUCUAUAACAUCAAUAGUAUCUGCCGUUGCUAUACUAACUGCCUAAGAGCAACAACAUAAAAACUAUCUGCCCCUUCUGCUCUAGUAACUGCCCCAAGAACAGCAACAUGAACAGUGAUAUGCAUUUGACAUCAUAUUGAUGUUGUUUUUUUCUCAGGGUGCCCAGGAGAUUACAUUCCACCAGAGAUCUUUAAUUUCCCAGGGAAGUCAGGGUUCCAGCUAUACAGCAUGUUGUACAAACCACACACCUUGGUACCUGGCAGAAAGCACCCCACCAUCCUCUUUGUGUAUGCAGGCCCCCAGGUUUGUUCAAUUAAAAUGUUUUUAUCCUGUAAUGUAGUCUGUUUGUGAUAGUUGAGAUUUCAACCCCAAAAUAAGAAAAAUAAAGAUGAUGUUAAAGGUUUUCUUAUGUAUGUUUUUAAUGUUGAGUGGGUGUUUUGUUUGUAGUCCAGUUAGUAAAUAACUCGUACAAAGGAGUGACGUACUUGAGGCUGAAUACGCUAGCGUCACUAGGCUACGCUGUCGUGGUCAUCGACGGGAGAGGCUCCUGUCAGAGGCCUCAAGUUCGAGGGGGCUCUGAAAAACAAAAUGGCAAACAGUAGCACAACUUCACAUCUCUACUAACCCUACACCAUUGUUGUAGGUAUUGACAAAAUAUGUGAUUUCUGUAUUGCCAGUUUAUCAGUCUGUAUUACCAGGGUUGUGUUCAGGAAGGCACAACAUCAAAAAGGGCGUUCUUAUUGGACAAGCCCAGAUAGUACGUCCCCAUUUCACUGCGUUUCAACAACAUUUUCUUCUGUUUUGUGCCUUCUGAACACAACCCAGUCCAUGCCAGCCUUGACAUUCCUUUCCCCCUUUCUGUGGGUCUCAUGGCCAGGUGGAGAUUGAGGACCAGGUGGAGGGGCUGCAGUACGUGGCAUACAAGUUUGUGGACCUGAGUCGCGUGGCCAUCCAUGGCUGGUCCUACGGUGGCUUCCUCUCCCUCAUGAGCCUCGUCCACAGGCCCAACAUCUUCAAGGUGAGGUGAAAGUUCAAAGUCUCCACUGAAGAACAUUAGGGGACUACUCUUUGGACUAGGUCACAAUUUCACAUCACAUGCACUCUGUGUAAAAAAAUUAUAAUAUUGUGACGGCAGGCUGUGCAGUUCUAUGGUCUUGAACCAUGAAGGGGUAGUAAUGUGGCCCAGCCCUGGUUAAAUCAACAAGCCCAAAAUAUUGACUCUAAAAUGGAAUUUAACACUACAAGAUCUUAACUGGUUGUACCUAUGGUUACUCUUCACUCUUAAUCAGUUAACAUUGUAGAAUCACAAUCUCGUGAUUUAAGCCUGCUUGAUUUGUGCUGUCCUUGUUUGGUCCAGGUGGCCAUAGCGGGAGCCCCUGUGACUGUGUGGAUGGCUUACGACACAGGCUACACAGAGCGCUACAUGGACCUGCCUGAGAACAACCAGCAGGGCUACGAGGUUGGCUCCGCCACCCUGCACAUAGACAAGCUGCCUAGCGAGUGAGUCGUCAUCGUUCAUUACAAUUUACUGUCAAUCUCAGGGUGCUUCACAGGCAAUAAGUAAAAGCAGCAGUAAGCACUCUCCAAAGUGCAUCUGUGUAGCACUGUCCUGCAGCACUGUUCUUCCCUUGUUUUGGUAUAGUCCUGAUGGGAUAGACUUGCUUGGAAUGCAUGUUUCAAUGAGCCUAGUCCUAGAUUUGUUUGUGCUGUAUAACCAACUCUAAUGACGACAACCAUAGGAGUUAUGGGCCCCGUGUAGCGCAGUUGGUAGAGCAUGGCACAUGCAACGCCAGGGUUGUGGGUUCGAUUCCCACGGGGGGCCAGUAUGGGAAAAAAAAAAAAAAUGUAUGCACUCACUGGAUAAGAGUGUCUGCUAAAUGACUAAAAUGUAAAAUGAGUUGGCUAUACAGCACAAACGGAUCAGGGACCAGGCUAAUAUUCGAUGUGAGGGGAAAUACUUUUCCUUUAAUCUUUUAAUUAAAAAAAAUCCUACCCAGGCCUAACCAGUUACUUAUUAUACACAGAUUCCUUGACAAAAAUGUGCACUUUUUCCACACCAACUUCCUGGUUUCUCAACUGAUUCACACGGGGAAGCCUCAUCAGCUACAGGUAGAAGGGCAUUGGGUUUAGUUGUUUACAUGUACAAGUCCAUGUAAGAUGGGACACAACACACAUUAUUAUUAUUCUGUUUAUUUACGUGUAAGGCUUGUCUUCAGGGUAGAAAUUGAAGAGCGAUGAUGAGAGAAUUGAGCAUGUGCGGUGCAACCUUUUCCCAGGCUUUAGCUGAAAUGUUGGUGAAAACAAACGCUACGAAGAAGAAACGAGUAUGAUUCAUUUCUUUUUCUAAGGAAUCUUUUCAGAGCAUAUAAAAAUAAUCUUUGAAAUGAGGAAGAUCGGUGCUUCCUUGCCGGGGCUUUCUCUUUUCUCCAUAUCUGAUCCUUUGUCUCCAUCUCUUCAGAUCUACCCCAACGAGAGACACAGCAUCCGCUGCCCAGAGUCUGGAGAGCACUAUGAGAUUAUGCUGCUGCACUUCCUCCUCAAGCAGUACCUCUGA